AAAAGUUAUCAUAGAACAAGAUAUAGGAAUAUUAUAUUACUUUUUCAAAAACUGCAAAAAAAAUCAGUUUGCACGAAAUCUGCGUUUAUAGCUGCUUGGCAAUCGUGCCUUGCUUACUUCCUCAUUUAAAAAAUUAACUAACAGUUCAUGUUGAAAACAAUUGCCGUUAAUUCUAUAAUUUUCCAAAUUAAUCUGAAUUUUCGCAAUUUCUAUGGCCUAUUAAGAACAAUUUUCGAAAAUUGCAUUUCCAACACGCAAAAGAAUAAGAGCUGAGUAUAAAAACUGAAAUCCGGUUGCAUUUCCCAUGCAGUACUACCGAACUCAUACAACCGUUAUAACACAUAGAAAAACAUUAAUUGAAACGAACUACCAGGAUUUUUAAAAAAAUGUUCCGCUUAAUUGUCGCAUUGGCGCUUAUCUUAAGCAUUUACCAUGCGCCCAGUGUACAUGGUGCACCACAUCCACCAACAACCGCAGCACCUUUGGUGGCCAAUCAAGGCUCCUACGACACCAAAUUCGACAACAUUGAUCUGGAUGAGGUGUUGAGCCAAGAGCGUUUGCUACGUAAUUACAUUAAAUGUUUGGAGAAUCUUGGUCCUUGCACGCCGGACUCGAAAAUGUUAAAGGGUUUCGCCCAUUUCAGAGAUACUCCCCGACGCAGUAUCAACCGAUUGCGCCAAAUGCUCGGAGAAGCAGAAGCUUGGCUCAGCGAAGGUGACGCAUUUCUUGAUCGACAAUCGUCCGGAGGAUUGGGCACGCUUGGAGCAGAUAUACGAUCCAUCAGGCAAUUACCGUUUAGCUUAUUUAGCGGAGAAGGACAAAGGCAACAGCCAGAGCGACACUGGCGAGCAGACUCCUUCGGAAGCGGUUACUAAAACGAACGAAGCUUGACCUUUCGGAUUAUGACAAGUACAGGUUGCGGGCAUGGAGUGCUAUAGGACUUACUUGCUGGACAUCGCAUUUGUUUAUUUAAUUAUAUUAAACACAAUUUUAAUUUUAUCAAGUGUAUAUUAUUUUAUUUGUGCAUUCCGAAAAUUACAAAAAAAAAAAAUAUAAAAGUGAAAAAAUUUGCGAAAAAAAAUACUGAGCACGGUAUAUAUGUCACCGAAGGUGAAUAAUUAAAAAUUGUUCCCUAAUUAUGUUGUACAUUCGUUUUAUUUAUUAUGGAGAAAUAAAGAAGAGCUCAGCAUACUUGUUCCUCACUA